AUGGAGCUAAAAUCGCCGAAAGCGAAGAAAAAGACGACAACAAAACUCGUCUCCUGGAAGAAACUGUUCAGCACACCCAUUCUGAUCCUAUUACUCCUCGGAUCGACCAGUUGUGACAUUGACAGUGACAUUGACGUUGACGCUGACGUCAGGCACACAGAUAAGCGUAUAGAUAGACGGGUCUUAAGUGAUAUUCGGUAUUUGAGGCGUAAUUUAAAUAAGGAUGUGUUGAAUUUUGUUAUGAAAGACGUAUUGAUUGAUGGCGAAGUGGAAAAUCGGAUACACUUUAAUGGUAUCACGGCGAAGGAGACUUUUGUUGGUGCAAAUGGGUAUGUAUUUAUUUAUUACGCUUCGUUUAAAACAAAUAAUACAUAA